GGAGUCCUCCUCACGAAGAGGCCGGACUCGGAGUCGCCACCAAAGUGCCUUUCAUCUGAGAAGUUCAAGGUACUUUGUAGAACUUCUGCCACACUCGCUGGGCAUCUCGCAGCACAUUUGUAAGUGAUGGCUGCCAUCGUGAAGAAAUUGGUGAUUGUUGGUGAUGGACCUUGUGGCAAGACCUACUUGCUCAGAGUCUUCAGCAAGGAUCAGUUCCCCGAGGUGUAUGUGCCCACAGUGUUUGAGAACUAUGUGGCAGAUAUUGAAGUGGAUGGAAAGCAGGUAGAGUUGGCUUUGUGGGACACAGCUGGGCAAGAAGACUAUGAGCGUCUGAGGCCCCUCUCCUACCUGGACACUGAUGUUAUAUCGAUGUGUUUCUCCAUCAACAGCCCUGACAGUUUAGAAAACAUCCCAGAAAAAUGGACCCCAGAAGUCAAGCAUUUCUGUCCCAAUGUGCCCAUCCUCCUCGUUGGGAACAAGAAGGAUCUGCGGAAUGAUGAGCACACAAGGUGGGAGCUAGCCAAGAUGAAUCAGGAGCCAGUAUAACCUGAAGAAGGCAGGGAUAUGGCAAACAGGAUUGGUGCUUUUGUGUACAUGGAGUGUUCAGCAAAUACCAAAGAGGGAGUGAGGGAGGUUUUUGAAAUGGCCAUGAGAGCGGCUAUGCAAGCCAGACGUGGGAAGAAAAAAUCUGGGUGCCUUGUCUUGUGAAAGCUCGCUGCAAGCACAGCCCUCAUGCGGUUAAUUUUGAAGUGCAGUUUAUUAAUCUUAGUGUAUGAUUACUUGCCUUUUUCAUUUAUCUAUAGUUUACCUAAGAUUACAAAUCAGAAGUCAUCUUGCUACCCGUAUUUAGAAGCCAACCAUGAUUAUUAAUGAUGUCCAACCCCUCUGGCCCACCAGGGCCCCUCUGACACUGCUCUAACAGCCCUCCUCUGCACUCCCACCUGACACACCAGGCACUAAUUCAAGGAAUUUCUUAACUUCUUGCUUCUUUCUAGAAAGAAAAAAAGUUGGUAACUUUUGUGAAUUAGGCUCUAACUACUUUCUAACUAACAUGUCCUGCCUAUUACCUGUCAGCUGCAAGAUAUUCUGGUGAGUCUCCACUUCAGGACACUCCUCCUAAAUGGGUCUCACUAGCAUAGCUCUGAAGUGGGCAUCCAGUUUUUUGAAAAUGUGCUCAGUCGGAAAGGACCAAGUCCACGCAGCUGUGGCAAAGUUACACUUCUGUGGUCAUGUUAGUUACCUUAUAGUUACUGUGUAAUUAGUGCCACUGAACGUAUGUUACCAAAAAUAAAUAUAUCUACCCCAGACUAGAGGUACUAUUUUUUGUAUAAUUGGAUUUCCUAAUACUGAUAUUUGUCAUCUCUGCAGAAAGUGUAUUGGUUUUUUAAAAAAGAAAGUGUAUUUGAAAAUAAAGUCAGAUGGAAAAUUCCUUU